AUGGAUAAGCUGAAAAACACACUUAAAGAAGCUAAGGUACAUCAUGCAGAACAGAGCGUAUUUCCUUGCCUUGAGGUAUGCAGAGCAUCAGAAGUACCCAGGAUAUUACCAAUCAAUACAUUGGACAACUUGAACGAGGUUCUCAGAGAGUUUGAAUUUCCAAUCAUUGAGCAACGAAUGCUUGAUGAUCACCUGGCAUUGAUAGACGUUCUUAACAACCUAAACAUUGAAUACGGGAGAUACGGACUGCAAUUUUCGGCAGAAAUGGACAGUCUACGCAGCAAGCAGGAAGAGCUGGCUUUAGUUGCAGAAUGUGAAAGAGAAUGUGAUGUACUAGAAGUUGAACUCGCAAACAUAAAGCAGAAAUACGAUGAAGUCGAAGAGCUCAGUCACUACAACAUUGAAGACUUGAAACAUAGGCUGUGUGAGCUUCGAAAGUUAUUCAACGAUUCUGAAUAUGAAAAGCAACAUGGAGAUCUAAUUGAAAAGACACUUGGAUUUAUGAGACUAGAAAAUAAUUGUGAUGAAAGCAUUGCAGGAGCACUUAGAUACAUAAAAGAGUCAAAAACAUACACAUCAUGUAUUGAAAGGAUGAUUGCUGAAAACACAAUUAGAUCCGCAAAAGACUCACUGAAUAAACAUAUCUUUACAAAGCUUAUUUCACAGGAGCACGUCCAGUUAUGCGAUCUUGAGCAUGCUUUGAAAAUCGAUAGACAGGGUCUGCUCAGGAUAGUUUAUGGUUUGCUUAGUAAAGGGAUCAUCAUAUUUGAUCGAGCAAAAGACAGAAUAUCAAUCCAAAGAUAA